UGCAGCUCUCCUAGACCCCAUUUAAGGGCUGACUGCCACUUGGGAAGGAUCUCUUUUUGGAGAUCUCUCCUUUUGAAGUUUUCUACUGCUGGCCUAGGACACAAGUGAGCAUUUCAUUUUUGAUUGUCUCUUUCCACCGGGAUAAUCUUUCUAAUUAAAAACCUGUGAAAUACUAUUCUAACCAUGCUACUCUUCUAAGUGUACAUUUACGUUCUGUACAUUUGCAAACUGCUUUGUUGUUAAAAUCACUGGUUAACAGAAAGAUUUGUGAAGAUUUGGCUAAUUUGUAUUGGCUCUCCUGAGUCAAAUUCAUGUAAAAUUAUGGCACUGUAUUUUUACCUGUUUGUCACUGAAAAUGAAGUUUCAGAUGCAAAGUCUGAAUUCUGUAAUUGUUUAUAUAUUUCAAAAAUAUCACGUGACAGGAUAUUUCCUUAUUUAGCAUCAAGUUUUGUCUGUCAUACAAAACUCUCCAAAGCGAAGAAGGACCCAGCGCCAAUUGUUCCUUUAAGAUUUCUACUGCAGCAAUUAAGCUUAUCUCUUUGUGAUUAAGAAGAAAGGAAUGAAAUACUUGACUUCUGCAAUCUUAAUUUUCUUCUCUUUUGUUACUACUCAUUUUCUGGCACUUGACAAUGAAAUAUUUUUAAUAUAUAAUGAGGAUAGUAAACUGUGCCUAAUUGCUCAGAGUUCUCAUGCAGUCACAAUAGCUGCUUGCAAAAAAAACAGUGAAUUACAGAAAUUCAGGUGGGUGUCCGACCACCAGGUGAUGAGUGUGGCAUUUGCACAAUGUCUGGGAGUGCGCUACAAGCAAGACCAGGCUAAAAUUUCUUUGUAUCCCUGCAACAAAGAAAGUGAAUUCCAAAAAUGGGGCUGCAGAAACUCAACCUUGGCAAUCCAUGGAGAGGACUUAUUUCUCAGUGUUGGUAAAAGAAAGAAAGAUAAUAUUGUACUGGACUCGGGAUCAGAUACAAUGAACAAAUGGAAGAUCUAUGGAACCAUGGAUGACUUGUGUUCUCAGGACUAUAAAGAUCUAUUUACGCUGCUAGGAAACUCCCAUGGAGCUCCAUGCACCUUCCCUUUCCAGCUGAAUGGGAAGUGGUACGCAGGGUGCACAGAUGCUGGCCGGUUGGAUGGCUUGCUGUGGUGCGCAACAACCCCCAACUUUGACACCGACCAUUUGUAUGGGUUCUGUCCCAUUGGCAGCAGUGACAAUGACAAAUUCUGGAAUACAGAUCCCUUGACAGGAACCUUCUACCAGAUAAACUUCCAGUCAGCUCUCACGUGGCACCAAGCAAGGCAGAGCUGCAAGCAGCAGAACGCAGAGUUAUUAAGUGUCACAGAGAUACAUGAACAGACGUUUCUGAGAGAUCUCAUUGACAGCAACAGAUCACCUCUUUGGAUUGGAUUGAACAGUCUGAAUCUCCACAGUGGGUGGCAGUGGAGUGGUGGUAUUCCCUUCAGAUACUUUAACUGGGCACCAGGAAGCCCUUCUCCUGAAUCUGAGAAUCUUUGUGCAGUACUAAAUCCCAGAAGAUAUGCUAAAUGGGAAAACCGGCCAUGUGAGCAGAAAGUUGGCUAUAUCUGUAAAAAGGAAAACUCCACGCUGGGUCCUUCCAGUCUUCCAUUAGAGGAUGCAGAACCUGUUAAAUGCCCAGAAGGAUGGUUGCCCUAUGCAGGUCACUGUUACAUGAUUCAUAGAGAGCCCAGGGCAUGGAAAGAUGCCUUAAUGUCCUGCAAUGAGAGCAAUGGCAAUCUGGCCAGUAUCCACAACCCUGAAGAGCAUGCCUUCAUACUGUCUCAGCUUGGUUACAAAGCCAUGGAUGAGCUCUGGCUUGGGAUGAAUGACUUCAGCACUCAGAUGUAUUUUGAGUGGAGUGAUGAGACUCCCGUGACAUAUACCAAAUGGUUGCCUGGAGAACCAACCCAUACAAUCAAUGGGCAAGAAGAUUGUGUUGUCAUGGCAGGGGAGGAUGGAUAUUGGGCGGACAGUGCCUGUGAUAGGAAGUUAGGCUACAUCUGCAGAAGAGAGCCACUACAGGGAGUUUCAGGAACAGUGAAGACUGAUCCUGCCUGUACAAAGGGCUGGACAAGACAUGGUUCUUACUGCUAUCUAGUUGGACAUGCACCUGUGACAUUUUCAGAAGCAGUGAAAACCUGUGAAAGGAUUGGUAGCUAUUUAACAACUGUAGAAGACAGGUAUGAGCAAGCCUACCUGACCAGCUUCGUUGGUCUGAGUUCUGAGAAGUACUUCUGGAUUGGUCUCUCCAACACAGAAGAGCAAGAAGUCUUCAAGUGGGAGACUGGUGAAGGCGUUUUCUACACAAACUGGAACUCAGCAAUGCCUGGGAAAGAAGUAGGUUGUGUUGCCCUAAGAACUGGAAGUGCAGCUGGACUAUGGGAUGUUCAGAACUGUGAAAUAAAGGCAAAAUUUCUCUGCAAAAAAGCAGCUGAAAAAAUAACUCAUCCAUUUGCUCCUGGAAAAAAUUCUAAUUUCAGAUGUCCUUUGGGUUGGAAUACCAGUAAUAGCACUAAUUCUUGCUUCAGAACUUUUGUGAGAGAAAAAAAACAUAAGAAAACAUGGUUUGAAGCCAGAGAUUUCUGCAGAGAAAUAGGAGGAGAUCUUGCUGCUGUUAAUAGUGAAGAAGAGCAAAGAGUGAUAGAAAACUUAAUAACAAAGAAACUGCCAUCAUCUCAGCUUUUCUGGAUAGGUUUGCAGCGUUUGGAUCCUGAUGGUGGGCUGUCCUGGAGUGACGGAUCCCCGGUGAGUUAUAUGAAAACAAUUUCUUUUUAUGACGCUCCAUUAGAAAAUUGCGGAGCAAUCAGCAAAGAGCAUUCUGUCUCCUGGAUUAACACGCACUGUGAAUACAGCCAGGACUGGAUUUGUGAAAUAAAGAAAGGAACACUCUUGAAGCCAGAACCUGUCAGCCCUUCUGCCAUGUAUGAAGUCACAGGAGAUGGCUGGAUUAUAAAGGGGGACAAACAGUAUUUUUUCAGCACAGAAAGUACAUCUAUGGAAAAAGCCAGAACGUUCUGCAGAAAGCACCGUGGAGAUCUUGCUAUUAUUGGAGAUAAUAAUCAAAGAAUUUUUUUGUGGAAAUAUAUCUUAAAAAAUGGCGAACUGCAUUCAUAUCUCAUAGGAUUAAUCCUGAAUGCUGACCAACAGUUUAGAUGGAUAGAUGGAAGUACUUUACACUAUGCACCUUGGGCAGAAGGGGAACCCAACUUUGCCUCUGCUCAAGAACACUGUGUGGUCUUAGAUAAAAAAUAUGGUUUGUGGAAUGAUGUUAGCUGUGGUCAUUCACAUGGCUUUAUCUGUGAGAGACAUGGGAGUUUUGUGAAUGCCACAUUUUCUCCAGCAGUAACUUCACCUCCAGGAGGAUGUCCUGAAGACUGGCUUUUAUUUAAAAAUCAGUGUUACAAAUUUUUUGGUUCUCAAUUUCAAUAUUGGUAUACUGCAAAUACAGAUUGUAUCAACCUUGGAGGACAUCUGGCUACCAUACAAAAUGAACAAGUACAAGCUUUUCUCACUUACCAUUUGAAGGAUGUUUUAUACAAUCCCUGGAUUGGCUUGAAUGAUAUAAUUAGUGAACUCAACUUUGUUUGGGCUGAUGGAAGUGCUGUUUCCUAUACAAAUUGGGCUCCAGAUUCCCCAAAACUUUAUGAACCCGUUUUGUUUGACAGCCUCCAUCCAGAAGAUGGUGGCAAUCGAAUGGAGUAUGACUGUGUUUCUCUGAAGAGAGAUUAUACUGAUAUAGGAAAAUGGAGUGAUGAGUCAUGUUAUAAAUCCAGUGGAUAUAUAUGCCAGAAGAACAGCAACCCUAAACUCUACACGUCAUCAGCAACACUGUUGGACUUCGCUUUUGACCAUUCUGAUGGCAUUAGCUACUCUUUCACCCUUUCCAAAAUGAAUUGGGAGGAAGCACAACAAUCCUGCAAGAGCAAUUCCUCAGAACUUGCUAGCAUUUUAGACCCAUAUAGCCAGUCACUACUGUUCUUAAUUGCACAGGAAUAUGGGCAGCCUAUGUGGAUUGGUCUUAACAGCUACAUGACCGGGGGCAAGUAUCAUUGGAUUGACAGAUGGAGAUUAGUUUACAGCAAGUGGUCCAGCAGGGAACCAAAACAGACAUUAGCAUGUGUCUACUUAGAUACUGAUGGAACCUGGAAGACAGCUUCAUGCGAGGAGAAACUCUUUUCCAUCUGUAAGAAGUCAGAUGUAAUGGCCCCUACUGAGCCCCCUCAGCUUCCUGGAAAAUGCCCUGAAUCAAAAGGACACAAGUCUUGGAUACCUUUCCAUGGUCACUGCUACUACUUUGAGGCUGUCAGGAAAAAAAGCUGGUCUCAAGCUCAUCAGGAGUGUGCCCGACUAGCUGCUGACUUGGUAUCUGUAGGAGACUAUACUGAAGCAAACUUUCUGGCAGAAACCAUUAAGAUACUUCAUGGAAAAUCUCCAAACUUUUGGAUAGGGCUAAAGAGAGAUGACAGAGAACAAUGGAUAUGGACAGACAAGUCAGAAUUGGAUUUUGUCAACUGGCAAAUUGGGGAGCCUAUGAACAGAAUGCAUAAAGACUGUGGAGAAGUAUGUGCAUUGACUGGGUUCUGGAACACCAACGUCUGUUCUUUCAGAAAAGGAUAUAUCUGUAAAAAAGCAAAAACUGCAGAAAAGACAGAGAUGUCACCAGAAAAUAUGGGACAGAAAAUGGAGACAGUGCUUUCUACUGGCAUCAUAUGGCUGUUUGUUUUAUUAGCCCUUUUUAUAGUUGGAGCUGUAAGUGCAGUUUACUUCUACUUGAGGAACAAGGGACGAAACCAAGUAAGUAUUUCAGCCAGAAUGAGUGGAUCAGAAGCAGCAGUGGAUAUCCAAGGAAAUGAUGCAUAUACCAACAAGUAGUCUGACAAAAUACCCAUAAGUUCCAAAAAAACAAAAACCAAUCUAUGCAACUGUUAGUCAGAUCUCAUGGCAGCUUCGUAUUUUUCUACUCAAAUAAUAGUCUUAUCCCUUCACAGAUAUAAAGUUAAUGGAUUUAUGUAAACAUGCGCGCGCACACACACACAGAUAUGUUCUCCAAAAUGUUUCAGUUUGUUGUAUAGUAUGAAGAGUACACCUGUUUUUCACAUAAAUGAGUGUGGCUGAGAAGAGUCAGGGCAAACCUAUGAUGUUUAUUAUGUGAAAUCGUUUAUUUAACUCAUUUCUCUUUUUGUUUUUGCAUACGAGGGAAAUAAUUACUCCUAUCUUUUCAUAAUUUUUCCUGUUGUACUGCUUUGGUGUUAUUUAGACUAUGAAGGGAAGAAAUGCUGCUUAUUUCAGAAUUGCAGCUUCACAGUUUGUUACAGUAUCUUUUCAUUAAUGUAAAACCUAAUAUCAUACUUGUCUCUGUGAGUUACAUACCAUCUCCUUACAAAUAAGUAAAUACAUAGAUGAAAAGUAAUUGAAAAGAUUCCUGUAGAAAGAUUCCUGGUCUAAUUGAAAAGAUUCCCGAUCAGAACUUUGGGAACAAUUGUGUAAUUUUCUAUGACCUUGCACUUUUGGAUUAUUUUGUAAGUAUUAAAUUUUUCCACAAGGUUCAAAUUAAUACAACAAAAGAUGAUCUUUCUAUUGGGUUUUACUUAAGUAAUUAUGCUUUCAGAAUGCAAUAUUGAUGCCUCUUUUAAAAAAAAUCUACGCAGGUGUGAUAAAUACCUACAUUAUAUUGCAUAAGGUUAUCUCAUAAUUCAUUAACAUUCCAGUUUAGAGGAAUAAAAUCACUUCUAUGCUUUCUGAAACAAAAUUCUUCCAUUCCUAUUGUAAUUUCAUUUGUUAAUGUACUCCAUUAGAUUCCCUUUCAGAGAUUUUUCAGCUGUAUGCAGAAGCAGUGUUUUCUUCCAGGCAGUCAAUCAUUCUGCAUGUUUCUCAUCCCCACUGAGUUAUGGAAACAUCUUGUUCCAAGCAAGUAGGGCACCUGGCAAACAGAAGGACUCAGGAAAAGAAAUGUAUGAAGAAGCUAGAGCAAAGGAGCUUCUACCAAGCAUCUGUAAGGAGAAACAGAUGCUCUCUCAGAACUAUCUGUAAGAACUGUAGUCAGGAUUUCCUAUGGUUAAGAUGACUGACAAAAAUGUUAAAAUUCUUAUUUAAGCAGAGUAAGUUGUACAUGCGGAAUAGGUUUAUGCACCAGGAUAUACAUGUUUGUGUCUGACUGGCUUGAGAACAUAUUUAUAUUAUCCUUAUAAUUGACCUUUUCUCUAGAUAGCUAGUAAGCAAUAAAGUAAAAAUAUUAUUGUUAGCGACUUAGAAUGGAAGUAGCUCCUUGCUUCAGUUGUUUUAUCAAGGCAUCACAUAUUUGGUAUCAGAUGUUUUUGCCUGAGCUUUCAUUUCUUCUCUUACACUCCUUUGUUGGAUGGACAUGCCUUAUUCUACAGCUUUGGCUGAGUUUGUAGGGAAUCUGUGAGAUAUUGAGGGACAUACCUAGAUUGUAAGAGGUUUUCCCUUUCUAGUAUGUCUGUGUGACUGUACUUAAUGAAGAGAUGUGGUAAAAACACCCACCACCAAAAACUGCAGAUUAUUUAGAGAGAUAAAAAUGCAGUGAAUCAAAAGCAAAUUCUGUAAUUAAUGCCCUUUGAAUACCUAGGGAAGCCCUGAAAUAAAAACACAUAACAAAAAAUUCCUAAAUUGAUACAGUAAAUCCUAAUCCCAUUGCUCCUGUGAUGAAAAAGAAGUCACAUUUAUUCUCAAGAGGAAAUAGGAAAUAAUUGAGGACUUUGGAUAAAAAUGGAAGGAGAAAAACACCACCUGUUUCCCACUGAGAAGACUAAAGAUUAAAUUGUUUCCGGAUACGUGCUACAGAAAUCUGGGGAUAAACAGCUAUACUUGUCUUUUCUGGAUGAGCAAAGAGUGAAAGUGCUUUUCCUGUUCUAUACUUAAAAGCAAUUCAGCUCAUGUUAGAUAGGUAAUCAUCAUUACUGGCAGCAUGGAACAGCAUUGCUACAGUAAGGACGGCUUAUUCAUUCAAGCAAGAACAGUCACUGGGACAGGAAUCUGUGUUUCAGGAAUACUCCAAUUCCUCUACACGUCUUUUUUGAUCUAUUUAUUGUUUGAACUGGCACUUUACUGAACAUCUCAUACAUAGUUCAGACACAAAAGAUUACUGCACGCUUGGUUAAAUUACGUAGGUUCACUCCUACCAGUGCAUUAUGCAUUAUCUCACUGUCCAAGACAGAUGUCUGCCUGCUUCUCUUCAAAAAGACCUGUAUAUGCUAAUCCACUCUCAGUUCAGUGCCUGAAACAUGAAAAGAUAUUGCUUAUUAUGAAUAUCUCAGUUAAAAUUAGCCUUAUCAUGGGGAAGAGAAGACAUACUGCCCCUGCUGUUAAACAUAAGUGUUUAUACUGGAGCGUGUGUGUGUGUGCACAUAUAACUGCUCACCUUGCUUUUAUAAAUAAUUCUUGGUUUUCCUUACCAGUUUUUGAAGGAUAUCUUCUCUAGAAGUACGCUGUGAUCAAUCUGUGGCAGGAAAAUAUCACUCAGCAGUGGAAAUAGAGAACCCUUAAUCUUCUUGCAGCCCAAGGAAAACUUUUAUUUUGUAACUCUGGCUGCAGAAAAGCUGAAAUUAUAUAGUGUUCAAAAUAUUGGAGUAAAAAUAGGGAGAUGUAUGAAAUUAGAACUCAAUCAUUGUCUCAGAACUACAGUGGCAACUUUCUGAGAGUCAGUCUUAUCAGUUUCCCGUGCUAGUUUGGCUUUACAUCUAUUGGAACAUUUUCUUAUGACUACUGCUAGAUACUGAUUGAUUAAACUGUUGAUAGAAUGGUAAAUUUUAGUGUAUAAAAUGCUACCCAGAGUAGCAUUGCAGGACGUUGUUGGUUUUAUUGGUAAAAUAAUGUGAAGGGAGGAGCGGUGCCAAAUAGUGAACGCUGAAGAAGAAAGGAUGGUAUUGUAAAUAAGGGAGAAGGAAUGGUGACUCAGAAACAGCAGCAUGUAGUCUGCUUGAGACUUAUCACACUGCCUGUAAGUUUUGAAGUUAGAAUCAAAUGAACAUACAACUGCUGUAAUGACAUCAGUAAAACGAAUCAUAGGCGACUCUGAUCCCAGUAUGCUUAAGCUCACAGAAUAAACAGGAAUUGCAGAAACAUUUUUUUUUUCUCACUGUACAACAGCUAAAAAUAUUUAGGAUUUUUAAGAACUGAUAUUCCUUCACAAACAGUUGUUACUACACAUUUUAAAUAAGCUUCCCCUUGUUCCCUACUUCUCCACCCAGAACAAAUUUUUAUAGGGAGGAAAAAAUUUAGCAAUUCAAGACUUUUAUACGGUAUUAAAGAUGAUCAUAACGUUCCUUUCUGGAAAACAGGAAGUUGUCUGAGACAUGCUGCAGCUGCUGCAGUCCUGACUGCUUUAACAUAAGACAAAAACAUGCCCACAAAAGAAGAAUACAGAAGAUGGAGUAUACAAACAUUACUGCAUGUAAUUACUACAGCUACUCCAGUUAUACCAUCCAGCAAUUUAAAUCUUUGCUUCUGCUUUCCUUACAACAAUGUUGUAAAGAUGUUGUCUUGAUUCAUUCAAGCAGAUUUCUUUUAAAACAAGUUGAUCGUUUCAACAUUUGGAAAGAGAAGAAAUAUGAUAAGGAAGAAGAAAAGGCACAAGAGGAAGAAGAUGGUAUUAAGAGCAGUAAUUUCACUUUCCCAGUUACAUUCAGCUGAGAGCAGUGGAGACAGGUGCACUCAUACCUUGCAAGAGAUAGACACACAGUGAAUCACAAGUCUUUGGAGAUUGUAAAUACAGCACCAAGGAUGCCGGGAUGAUGAAAUUUAGCUCUCUCCUGCUUGGUAUGUUUCAAACAGAAGACCAUCAAAUGAGUGAUCAAACAAUUCAUCUUGUUAUUUUUUUUCACCAAUUAUGCCUGCAAUAAUUUUAAUUAAUUCUUUUUUAUUCUGCUACCUGUUUGUUUACAGUUAUUGUCAGGAAGCAUCAGUGGAACAAUUAUCUUUGCUGAUCUGUAUAAACUGCUGUAUAUACCAGGCUGAAUCAAUGAAAUCAAUUCGUAAAAUGCAAGUUAGUUUAUUACAAUUCUUAAAAAAAAAAAAAAAAAAAAAUCAUCCUUUUGCACAUUUUAAACAGUAUUCAUUAUCUUAAUGCCAGGUUAGAAGAUCACUAUUUUUGGUGAACAAGCAGAUAAACUCUUUUAAGAAAUUUUCAAUUCUUCUGCUAAAUCUGGACAGAAAUUAUUUUUAAUUUAUGUAGCCUCAUUAGUCUGUACAGUAUUAUAGCUCUAGCUGUAGAUAAAUCAUAAAGAAUGGCCAUCAGGGAGUGUAUGUUCAGCACACAGAAAGCACCCCGAUUUGUUUGUGCCUCGAAGACUUCCACAGGCAGCCCACAGAGGCUGCGAAGCCUCCAGGCUGGGAGAUACUCAGAGCUCAUGUGGAUGCAGUCCAGCCCACGAUUCUAUAGGUGUUAGGAGGAAAUUCUUUACAUCGAAGAGGUGAGGCACUGGUACCGCUGCCCAGAGCUGCGGAUGCCCCA